UGCUGACUUUAUUAGGGGAAAGCUCGGUGUCGAAUUGCCCUCAGAAAUGGGAUUUAUUUCGCCAAACCUUGUACCGACGACGUCAAGCUGGAGGUAACAAGACAAUGCAGUUUGAAACUCGGGGACCGAAAGUCGUCCCUGAAUUGUUUAUGUGGUGAGUUUACCUGUGAGAGUUGAGUCUGCAUGAGUGGCAUGUGUUUGGAGACAUGCGUCAAGCCACAAGGACCAAGAAACCCGACGUGAAAGUCGUCAUUUUGGGGGACAUGAACGUUGGAAAGACUUCUCUCCUCCACAGAUACACGGAGAGGAAGUUUAAGGACACGAUAAGCACCGUCGGAGGGGCGUUUUUCCUCAAACAGUGGGGUCCCUACAACAUUUCCAUAUGGGAUACUGCAGGUCGAGAGCAGUUUCACGGUCUGGGCUCCAUGUACUGCCGUGGCGCAGCUGCUGUCAUCCUAACAUAUGAUGUCACUAACUGGCAGAGCCUGGCGGAGCUGGAGAACCGCUUCCUGUCCUUGACUGACACUGCCAACGCAGACUGCAUCUUCGCCCUUGUGGGGAACAAAGCAGACCUGACCGACCCGUUCGCUCAAGAGCCUGACAGCGAGAGUGAGAGCGACCCGCAGCCUGUAGCCUCCUGCCCGACUCCUCCUGCCAGCCCUGUCCAGCACAAACAGGUGAGCAGAGAGGACGCUGUGGCUCUGUACGCCCGCGUUCUCCGAUACAAAGGCCUGGACGAGAAGACCUGCCUGCCCGCCGAGAGGAUGUGCUUCGAGACCAGCGCUAAAACAGGUUACAACGUGGACGCUUUGUUCGAGACCUUAUUUGAUUUAGUACUGCCAUCCAUUCUGAAGAAGAGGAGCGAGGGUGAAGCCACUGUAGACCUGGAGACGCCACUAGAGGUGAGAAGGACUAAAGCUGGCUGCUGUGCAUAGGAGGAGAUUGUGUUGAUAAUCGGGGCCAAUGGAUGUAAAUCACAGCACUGCUAAACGCCACUAUACUAGAGUUCAUUUACUACGAUGUGCUGUUUGUUUUUCCUUUUCAAAGCAGUAUUAAAACCAAAGGUUUUUGCAAGGAAUUAAAUCAUCUUUAAGCACUUGUCAAUCAUUUUCAAUACGCUGUUAUUUUUGUUUGUAAUUAUUAUAUAUAUAUUUUUUGUUUUGGCUUAAUUUGAAAUUUUAGCUUCUUUGCAUUAUUAGAAUCAAAUGAUCAUGGUCUCUGUUGUGUAUUUUUUUAUUGAAAUUAUAUCUACAUUCUAUUUUGUUUAAAUAUAUUUUCUGAUACAGCCUCACUUAAUCUAAUUUCAGAAAAAUAAACACUCUUAAAAUGAUAA